AUGCUACUGCCGUCCUCCUCUGUCCCUUUACCCUCCCCUCACCAACAGGUCAUGCACUCCCUCCCUGAGUGCAUUUCAGCAGUACCAUUAGAUUUACCAGGUCCUAUCGCUAAGAGGUUCUCCCUGCACCCAAGUCCAACACAGUGCAUACUGGGGUCGGGCAGCUACGCUAUAGUAAGGCAACUCAAGGACAAGGAAACUGGAGAGUACUAUGCGUUGAAAGCAGUUCAGAAACAACCCUUGAUCGCGCGGGGCAUGCUCGAUCGAGUUUACAAUGAGAUUGCUACUCACCAAGAGCUGAAACAUGAGAACAUUCUUACUUUACAUGGAUACUACGAGGAUUGUACCCACAUAUACAUGCAGUUGGAGCUGGCGACCGGCGGGGUUCUCUCAGACUGGCAAGUUCGAUGCUUCCCCCCCUCUAGUAGGGUUCCUGAGCAACAAGCUGCUAUAAUAUUUCGGCAAAUAUUAUCAGCAGUGGAACAUUUGCAUCGUCACAACAUUGCCCAUCGAGAUUUGAAAACUGCAAACGUGUUGAUAGUGACCUUAGAUAUUUCCAUACGGCUCUGUGAUUUCGGUUGGUCUACGGAGUGUGUGGGGACAGUCGAUGGUGACGCGGAGUUGAUUGCUGAAGUAGAUCCUAAUGUAGUUAAUGUUAACAGGAGGCACACUAUAUGUGGAACUGUGGACAGCAUGCCGCCCGAAAUGCUCAUGGGGGCUCCUCAUGGUUUGCCGUGCGAUCGGUGGGCUUUGGGCUGUCUGCUGUACGCCCUUUUAGUUGGACAUAGUCCUUAUGCAGUGAGCAACAGUGGUGGAGUGCAACUGGCUGUGGUUAGAGAUCGGAUAUUGACAUCUAGAGGAGUACCGUACCCAGCUGGUGUUGGCAGUUCAGCAGCUCGCGACCUGAUACAUAGACUCAUGCAGUUGAAUCCUAAAGCGAGAAUGCAUGCUUCGACGGCUAUGGAGCAUGGUUGGAUUCAGAAGUAUCACUCGGUGUCGCGAGAUCCGUCCUCAUUGGGUAGUAUUAGUGAGGAUGACGAUGAUGAAGUGAAGUGUGAGGAGCAACGAAGAGGUGGGGGGCCGAUCGCGGCUGGUAUGAUGCCAUCACCACUACCACCAUCACGGGAAAUUCCGGCAAGGGCAGCAGGACUCAUGGAAGGGACUGAGCCAGUGGUCCACACCAGCACACUUGCGAACAUGGCCUUACCACCACCGUUGGCGACGCUCACCUCAGCUGAUUUGUCUCCAUUCGCUCUCCCAUUACGACAGCAGCAGCAGCCUUUAGCAGCAGCAGCUGCUGUCCCCCCUCCUCCUGUGUACAGUAUCCCUCCACUGUCCUCGGGGCAGUUGCCGAUGAUGAUGAUGGACUCUUAUUGGCAGCAAGCUAAACGAGGGAAUCUCCAUUGA